AAUGAUAUCAUUUUGUUUAUCAAAUUUUACUUACAUCUAAACGUUGUUAGCCGUUACCCGUUCACAUCAAAAUGUUCAAUUUACUAAAUAUAAAAUACUUUCGCAGUGAUGAAGUACCAGGACUCAUGAUAUCAAUGUUUUAAGACGAACUACCCUUUGCUCAGCGGUUCAAAAGAGAAGCGGAGGGUUGGAUUGGUAGCGGGCGCAGGUCCUCCAGAAGUUUGGUAAAAUAAUAUUCACAGCAGCAGUAGUGUAAAGUGAAAUAAUUUCAAUUGAAGGGAUGAUAAAUUUCCAAUGGCUGGCAGCGAUUGUGUUCCUAUCGAUAUAUUUCAUUCGUCAAAUCUGUGCAUCUACGGGAGACCAGAGCCAAUUUUUUCAGAAUUGUCUCAGAAACUGUGUGCUGCAGAAUUGUACAAAAUCCGGUUUGGUGUUUAAACCUGACUUACAAGUAGCUCAAAGCACGAUCAAUAAACUACUUUUAUGGACCUGUUACGACGAGUGCGGCUACGGUUGCAUGUGGCAAACGACGAGUGGUUUUUUAAAGCGGAAUUGGACGGUUCCGCAGUUUUACGGUAAGUGGCCUUUCAUUCGUGCCCUCGGUCUUCAAGAACCAGCUUCAGUGUUUUUCUCGAUGACCAACUUCUAUACGCAUUACUCAAUGCUAAAAAAGUUUCGCCGAGAAGUUCGUCCCGAUAGUCCCAUGUACACGCUGUGGCACGUAUUUUCCUACAUCUGUCUGAACGCGUGGAUUUGGUCGACAGUUUUUCACGCACGAGAUUUCCCUAUCACUGAGUUAUUCGACUACGCAUUUGCUUACUCUAUGGUUUUGGCUUCCUUCUACUGCAUGGUGAUAAGAAUGAUCCACCGGAGAUCGAAAUACUUACGAAUUGCAUUUAGUGUGCUGUGUGUGAUUUUCUUUGUGAAUCAUUUCUCCUAUUUAAGCGUUGGUAGAUUCGACUAUGCUUACAAUAUGAAAGCCAAUAUCGUAACAGGAAUGACCGGUGCAGCAGGAUGGAUUUCUUGGUGCUUCUUCCAGCGUCGCAAACGCCGUUAUGUGUGGAAGUGCUUUAUAUUCAUUGUGUUGGCCACUUCUUCGCUGUUGCUGGAAAUCAAUGACUUCCCACCGAUUCUCUGGACGUUUGAUGCCCAUUCCAUAUGGCAUUUGAUAACUGCACCCUUGACAGUUUUAUUCUACAGCUUCAUCAUUGAUGAUUGCAAAAGUUUGAGACAAGAAUUGUAUGGCAGUGAGCAAGGUGAUACGCGGAAAUUAUUAUGAAACCGAGGAAUGAAGAGUGCCACUAGAACAAAUAUACUCUAGGAUGUAAAGCAGUUAAACGUACUUUUUAGAGAAUUAGAAUCAAAAGACUUGAGCUGUAGUAUCGCAGACUUCUCUACUUAGGGAAAGAAUUUAUUUCUUCCACUGCCAGCAAGUAGCAGUUAGUUAAAGACAAUAAUUCUACAGUUGAGCGAACUUAGGCUGCAAUAGUAUUAUGGUAAUGAAAUAAGUUGUCCAGUAGAGAAUGUUCUGUUUUCCUCCAACGUAAAGGGCGAAAACCAACUAUUAGUAUAGGUUUUAGUGUAUAUUUCUUGGUCGAGAAAUUCUUAAACAGGUUGACAGGAGAUUUUAGAAGCUGUUCUUCAAACUGUAGAGAUCGGAUUCCAAUAAACAGUGGUGUCGGCAGGUCAGCGACCAUUAUAGAUGAUCAAUUCAUAUACUGUUUGACGAAUAUUUAUUAACAAACGUUACUAGUCCUAAACCUACGCCCGUUCAAUAAAACUGCAAAACACCGUUAUACCUA